AUGGGUCUCGGAAUGUAUUCAACAACUGUGUUUAUGAUUGAUUUUGGAUUAGCCAAACGUUUCAAAAAUCCUCGAACAAAAGUACACAUUCCCUAUAGAGACAAAAAAUCGUUGACUGGAACAGCUCGUUAUGCUUCUAUAAAUGCUCAUAAAGGCAUUGAAUUGUCUCGUCGUGAUGAUUUGGAAUCUUUGGGUUAUGUUUUGAUGUAUUUUAAUCGAGGAAGUUUGCCGUUUAGUUUUUUUUUAAUUUUUAAAAAUUUUAAGAUGGGAAGGGUGGUUAAGAGAUUUUAAGGCUUCUUUAUUUUUAAUUUUUUGUGAGGGAGAGAGAGCAGUUUUGUGGUUGAUUUUAGAGAUUUUUAAAAGCAUUUU